AUGGCUAAAUAUGCAGAUAUGAAGGAAGUUGUAAAGCACUUAGUAAAUGGAACAUUUAGCGAGAACUUGUGCCGAAUAUGUUUACUACCUUUCAACACUUCAAGCGAGGAUAUAUUCACAACGGUUUGUAAAAAUGACAAGGAAUACUCUAUUGCCGAUGUAUUGGAUGAGGUUUGUAAUAUUAAGAUUUCACCAUGUGAUCAGUACAAAAUUUGUUCAGAAUGCUUUGCAACUGCAUCCUCUUCUUACAAAUUCUACUUGUUAACAAAAAGGAGUGAUGAAAUUCUUAAUUUUUACAUUAACUUAUUGGAGGAGCACUUAAGUUUUAUUAAUACUUCAGAUGAUAUACCAUCAGACUCCUUGUGCAUUACAUUGCCUUUGCUUAAUCCGGAAACACAGAUCUUUGACUAUGAUUUAACAGGGGUUUUGACAGAAAAUGAUGCUGCAGAAUGUAUGCAAACAGCUAAUGAUGCAAAGACAAUUACCAGUAGCCCUCCUAUAGAAGAGUUAGUUGAUAUUAAUAUCUCUGAAGAUAAUGAUGACAAUGAUAUAGUAAUAAUUGCUGAUGAAAAAGGAGAGCCAACAUUUUACAAAGCACUGGACGGUACCCUAAUACCAUUGGAUGAGAAUAGCACAAGUAAACUAAGCGAGGUUCUAAAGAGCUCUCUUCCGAACAACAAAAUAAAGAGAAAGAGAAGAAGAAAUCCUAUGAGCUAUAUAAUGUGCAGUAAGUGCCCAGUGAGGUACAGAUUUGUGGCCAAAUUGAAGGAACAUAUGAAGGCUGAACAUGACAUAGAUCUGUUCAUUUGUGUUGUGUGUAAAGCCAUAAUAGAGGGUGAAAAUGAAUUCAAUAAGCAUCUCAAAACACAUUCAAACAUACAUAUGUGUGCCAAAUGCAAUGUGGUGUUCAAAAAGAGAGACAGUAUUAUAGCACACUUGAAAUGGCAUGAGGAAAUGGAAAAUUUGAAACAGGCAGAAGGGGCGCACGUUUGUGAAGUUUGCGGCCAGGUGCUGCGGGAUGAGGAACAUUUGAAAGAGCACAAUGAUAAGAAACAUGUAAAGAAGUACACAUGCUACUAUUGCGGACGGAUGUACAAGGGAGAGAUCAGUUUCGAAACUCACAUAAAGAAACAUGAAAUGCAUACGAAGCGUGAUACAAAACAAGAAACAGAGAAAAUUAAAGUCAACAAAGAGGCAGAAAAAAGGGAAGAAAUUGGACAGAAAAACAAGAAGUUUUCUUGCGGGACUUGCGAACGCAAUUUUGUUAAUGAGAGGUCACUAAUGUGGCAUCAGCGAUUGCAUACCAACGAGAGACCUUAUGUUUGUGAUGUGUGCGGGCGCGCGUUCGUGUCGCUGAACCGGCGCAACCAGCACGCGGUGUGCGCGCCACUGCCCGCUGUGCCAUAG